CCUCUAAAGCCGUCGGUGCCCACACACAGGCCACUCUGGGGGGUGCCACCGGCCACCAUGGAUGCCCGGAAAAAGGGUCUGCCCCGAGAUGCUCGCUUCUCGGCCCAACCACACCUAGGCAGCCUGAUCCCCUUCUUCGUCACCUGCGCUGCCUACUUCCUGCUCUGGAUCCCGGACGACCCGCCGUCCUGGGUUGGCGCGCUGGUCAAGUGCCUGCCUGUGCUGUCCUUGGCCGGGGCCCUCCGGGCGCACCCUGGUGGGGACUGCAGCUCCCUCCUGCAGGCGGCCCUGCUGUUCUCGGCUGUCGGGGACGUCUGUCUCAUCUGGCCCCAUGCCUUCCUCUAUGGUGUCCUCGCCUUCGGCCAGGCCCAGCUGCUCUACAUCUGGGCCUUCGGCUUCAGGCUCCUGCAGCCAGGCCUGCUGCUGCCCGUCCUCCUCUUCUCCCUCCCGUUCUCCUGCCUCUUGCUGUCACACCUGCAGCCCGACAUGGUCCUGCCCCUGGUGGCCUACGGCCUGGCCCUGAGUGUCAUGCUGUGGCGUGGCCUGGCCCGGGGCGGGAGGGCCCGCUGGGGCGCCCUGCUCUUCGCCAUCUCGGACAGCGUGCUGUCCUGGCACACCUUCAUCCAGCCCCUGGCCCACGGCCGCCUGCUCGUCAUGGCCACCUACUACGCCGCUCAGUUCUUCAUCGCCCUGUCGGCCUUCCAGGGCCCCAGGCUCAAGACCAACUGACCGGGGGCCCAGACGGGCCUGCGUCCGCCCGCUCCCCUCCUGCAGGAACAGGGGCCUCGCGGCCUGGCCCCGCCGGGGGAAGCGCCCUCGGGGGCCGGCUCGCAGCGCCCAGGACCCCGCCCGCGGGCCGCUGUUCCCCGCUGCGCGCAGGGACCGCUGCUGGCAGAAUUCCGAAUCCACCGCCGAGUUCCGAACACAUUCCCUCCGUCCUGAUUCCGGGUUCCAGGCCCCUCGGCCAGACCCAGGCCCAGCCCUCUCCAGGCCCCCACCUGCUCCUGUGACCUCAAGUGGCCGCCUCCCAUGUCCUGUGGCCCCCUCCUCUCUGGCCCUAACCUGUUCAUUUGGUGUCUGAGUAAAAGAGACGUUG